AGUCCUGUCCAGCCAGGCAGGGAGAAGACCGCAGAACCCACAUCGUGUAACAAUCCGUCACUGGGAGGGCGACAAGUUUGAUUGGGAGACGCAUGCGGGCGCUGGGGCUGGGACCGUGGCUGCUGUGUCUGCUGAGGACUGAGCUAAGGAGCCAGCUGCUCUGAUGCAUUCUUGGCUUCCUCCAGCCGCUCAAUCGGGCUCUCUGCCCCACUGGAGUGGAACACAUGGUCUGGCCGAGGUCUGGACUUAUGCGAUCUCCGCUUCCGACAGCUCGUCCCUCUUGUGGGGGGAGUGCGGCGGGAGGAGACAGACCCUGACUGACUUAAAAUUAGCACCAUUUUUGGGCACACACAACGUGUGAGUGGGUCGGCCUCUUCCAGGUGUUGUCGUCCCAGGCAGAGGAAGCAUGACUCGUGUGCAUCCAAGAGGGGCAUGGUCGCGGUGCAGAUGUCAGGUGCUAGUCCAUGGGUGUGAGCAGACUGGAUGUAUUUUACAGAAGGCUACUCCUCACCAAACUCUUCAUUGGGGGAUGGGGGAAGCCUGAAGAUCUCAAGAGGAUCUUUGAGUUCCGUAAGAUUAUUGGAGACAGAGAGAAGUGCAAGUCUCUGGUGCCUAAGGACUAUCCAGUUUACAUAAACAAGACAGAGGAGCACGCUGACUGUCAGAUCCACGAUGGGUUCUUCAUCUCUCCUCUGGAGCACUUGGUUCCUGGAAUCCUGCCACCGGAGGCCGUCAAAGCCAGGUUCCAGUUUAUAGUUCCCAAGAGGUGGCAGAAGAACAGACCUGUAUGUAUCCACUUGGCUGGGACAGGAGACCAUUUUUUCUGGCGUCGGCGGACCCUGAUGGCCAGGCCCAUGAUCAAAGAGGCAGGAAUGGCUUCACUGCUUCUGGAGAACCCUUAUUAUGGCUACCGUAAACCCAAAGACCAACUGCGGUCCAGUCUAAAGAAUGUGUCGGACCUGUUUGUGAUGGGAGGGGCUUUGAUCCUGGAGUCAACAGUGCUUCUCCGUUGGCUGGAGAGAGAAGGUUACUGGCCACUAGGAAUGACUGGCAUCUCCAUGGGAGGAUAUAUGGCGUCCCUGGCAGUGACUAACUGGUCAAAGCCCAUCCCUCUGGUUCCCUGUUUGUCCUGGUCCACUGCCUCUAGUGUCUUCACCACGGGAGUGCUGAGUAAAGCGGUGAACUGGACAGAGCUGGAGAAGCAGUAUGCCAUUAACUCAGUGUUUGAAGAGGAAAUCAUUAAGCUGUUGGAGUACUGUGGGGCUGAUUCCUUUAAGAUGGGUCCAGAACUUGUGAAGAAUGCGGACUCUUUAGAGCAUCUGCUGGGCCUGUCUGGACACGACAGAGCGUCAGUGGGCCAGAACUCCAGAGCUGGAGGGGAAGCUGAGGCUGGACGAGGCCUGUUGAUUGGUGGAGGCCCUGAAGGGGGCGGGGCUGGAGACAGAGUAGACCAAUUCUUAUCAGUGAACAGCAGUGGGACGAGCUUGGACGCUCUACCAAGAAGCCUUCAUGCAAACAACACUCUGCAUGGGAAGAAGACGGAUUCAGCCAAGUGCUGGCGGCCAUCAUUACAUAGAGAGUCUAUAUGCUUCAUGAAGGGAGUGAUGGACGAAUGUACACACAUGGCCAACUUCUCUGUCCCGGUAGACACCAGUCUCAUCAUCGUGGUCCAGGCCAAAGAGGACGCCUACAUUCCUCGUACAGGGGUCCUCAGUCUGCAGGAGAUCUGGCCAGGAUGUGAAGUCAGAUAUCUGAAUGGAGGACACAUCAGUGCAUACCUGUUCAAACAGAACGUCUUCAGACAGGCCAUAUAUGAUGCAUUCGACAGGUUCUGCCUGAAGUAUCCCAACCUGCACUAGCCACGGCAGACUGCAGCCCGUUCCUCCCUGUAACAGCACCGGGACCUGUGGCUGGACAUUGGAAAAAGCAACACCUGUCCACAGACCAGAAGCCUCAGCAGAAAGUAUGGCAGUUAAGAUCUCUACUGCUGAGACACGAUGUGUCUGAGCUUUACAGGCUAUCCUGAGAUAAAGGUCAGCUGAGCACAGUCACUAUUCAUUCUUUACAUUUCCAACUUGUACAAAGGGGACGGUGUGGGCCCUGGUUCAGCCAAACAGAUGUAAGGGACUGAAAGUGUAAAAGUAUCAAAAAUGUUGUGGGACGUUCCUGCCAGUAUGUGGCUGUCAGAGGAACACUCGGGCCUCUAGUUUCACUUUGGUAAACUGGUGUUAACAGACAAUAAUAGGCACUUAUGGGCAUGUUAGGAAUUACAUCGACGUGUAUAUAUAAGAAGGUAAGCUCACUGUAAAGCUGAUUUCAUAACAGAGAAAUACAAUAAUUAAUAAAUAAUUACAACAAAUUUCACGGUUACGCAAUUAGCAAUGGAAUUGGUUACAUUUCUGAUGUGAGCAGUAUGAACAUGUUUCAUUUUCUUCCUUUUUUUUUGUCUUCAAAUGAUAAAAAACGACUGCCUGCGUCACUUGCACUGCGUCCACUGUUGUUGUCCUGGCUUUGGUUCCAGCAGGGGCCGGGCCCAAACCCAAAACCAUAGUUUUCUCAGUGAUUAGAUAUAAUCAGCACUAAGGUGUUGAAAGAAUGAAACCAAUCUCCCUCCAACUGCCAACUGUGUGUCCAUAUGAUGGUAAUGAGUUUUAAACAUGGAAUAGAUAGAUAGAUAUGAUUAUGGCAUGGAUGGGUGUGGAAGGUUUUAUUUCCAGCACUGUUUUAUCAGCCACUAACGGAGGUCAGGACUGAGUUUAAGGAGAAGCUCAGAGACAGAACAACAGUGUCUGCAGUGCAAGAAAAAAGACGACAUGUUGAUAAUGUUAAUAUGUUGCACUGCGUAUUGUAUACACUGCUGUUCAUUAAGGCCAUGCACUGGAAUACAAACACCACACAGAGGCAGCUGGUGUGGAAACAAACUGACAGGUCAGCCCUUCUGGCCGUCUGUGUUGUCUGUCGCUGUGGAUGUUUUCACACAACAGCCAGGGAAAGUCAAACUUGAACUCAGCAAACAUGUUGUUUUGUCUUUAAAGGACCGCUGAGCUCCCUAACUACAAAUCAUGUACGCUUCAACAUUUCUGGAUGUAUGCUGUACAUGUUUGAGAUUUUUGGAUGGCUUUUGACUUUACUUUGAGUAGUGUAAUCUAGAGUGAACAUCAAUUCUGCUUUCAGUUUUGUCAAAGUUUCAUUAUUGCUGCCUGGUAGAACAGUUCAAGUGCAGCUUGGUUUGAAACCUCUGCAGUAAAUCACCUCAUAAUUACAAUGAAACUGACAAAAAAUGGAUACAGACUUGAUGUUUACUGUGAUGGAGUACACAACUCAAGCAUUUAUUUUCAUAUUGUACAGAAAUGAUGGUUUGGAAAAUGGGUAGCUGGGAUGUAAAGUGUAACUGAUUUGUAGUAAAUGUGCUAAAACAUGCCAAACCACGGUUAUGGUCCUGUGAGAGCCUGCUGAUGCUGCUUUCUGCAGCUGAUGACAGUGUAUGUACACCGUUUGCCUAUAGACCUUUUUCACAGCAGACAUUUUUGACGUCAGAGCAGGAAAAGCACAGGUGGAACUAAAGACAUUAGUUAUUAGCAUCAGUUCCAUUAAGUGUCCCAGCAGGCCAUGGCAGCGCACGUCAUGCACGAUAGCAGGGCCCUGCAACUGGCUGAUCUAAAUGGCAUGUUGUCAUUAAUGUUGUUGACUACACCUGUGCUUUCCCUGCUGUGACAUGUCAAAAUGCCUGCUGGGAAAAAGGCCUAUAAAGCCCCAUUCGGACGGGAUGCAACCUUCACCGUGCUCCUCGCUCCGGACGGCAUUUUAACCCUGGUGAAAGGACAGGACACGGUCUGUAACAGACAUGGACAUUCAGCAGGACAAAGACUGCAGCCUCCCCAGGGGGGCGCCGGAGAGCUGGAGGGGAGGCAAAGAUACCGCAGGAGGUGGAUCUGAGUCAUAACUCAACAUGAAACUCACAUCUAGUCCAGAGGAGAUCAUCGUCUCUGACGUCCGUCCAGAAUCAACCUCCAGGAAUCAGCUUAGACAGACUUAGACUGCCUGAGAAUCCUGCAGUUUCUAAGUUUCCUUCAGUCUCACAGUGAUCCAGAGACAGCUGUCUGUCCGUCCACGGGUCCACUGCAGACAGGAGCUGCUGACUGCUGCUUCGGCUGCUCUGAUGGGACAGACUGACUACAUGUGAACUCAUACAGGCCAACAGACAGGCCAACAGACGUGUCUGCAGAGAACAGCAGCACCGAGCUGCAGCUGCCAUCACAGCAGACCGUCUGAUGAGCUGUGACGGGCUCUCGCUCUCCUCGUGGCUUUAUGGUUUUCUGUCGUCUGAUUGGUUCCCAAACAGGCCUAUAUGUUGCUGUUAGCAUGUUAGUGUCUACCAGAUUAGCAACAACAUUUUCACACAAAAGUCAAAUUUCACACUGAGCUGAUAAAAUGCAGCAGAAGGAAAAAGUCAGAGGGGGGAAGAAUGACCCACAUACAGAUUACAAUCAGUGAGCAGGUGAUGUUAAAGUCCCCCCCCCGUAAUGUUUGUCUUCACCACAGUCAUCCUCCAGUUAACCGUGCCAUGUUGUUGUACUUCCCUUUUAUAUAAUGUAAUCUUCUUUGUCCUGACCAGGCUCUUUGUAGUCCACCACAGCUCCAGCAAAGUCAGCAGCUUGAUUUCUUUCUCUCUAUACAGUUGUACAGUUUGUGGAAGUGAGCACUGAAUGAUAUUAUUCCUGCUUGACUCAAACAUCUGUUGUUAGUAGGAUCCAUAAAAGUGAGUGCCUUUUUAAAAUGACGUGCUCAGAUUUCUACACUGAGACGGUGGUGCUACAGGUCCAGAACACACUGCUGUGCAAAAUGUCACAUCUGUAAAAUGACACUUUCUUCCAAAAUAAAAGAACUCCGGUCAAA